AUGAUAUACACUGUGUUCGCAAUCAUCAUAUGUGUGGCCAUCACUGGCACAGUAUGUAUAGACCCGACAACCGGUACCACAACUCGUAAAACGCUACAUCUGGAGCCCUACAGUUAUUUUGGUUACGACUGCAAAGGGAGUGCCGAUUAUAUCAAAAGCAUUGAUGGAAAAUUAUUUACAUGUUUGAGAAACGGCUGGAAUCUGACCAUGGACGAUCUCCGCAACUGCUCGGCCAAAUAUUGUUGCCGUGAAUACGAGUUGCAUCGCGGGGUUAAGACACUGGUUCAUAAACACUGUCGUAAAGAUGAGGGCAAACCAGACACCAGUGAUAAGUCGUUGAUAUCCAUUUGCGUCACCAAAAAGGGACAUCAAUUGAGUGAUAGCUUUUGCAACGGUCUGUCCGUUCGGCUACCGAUGGGCGCCGACUGCGACCAUAUCGUUGACAGUCUGGCCAAAGGUAUUGAUCCGUUCCCUACGCCUAGUGUUAGUGUCCGUCCGCCACAGCAUUCCGGUCCCAACCAGUCAUCCACUGCCAGACCUAACCCGCAGUCGACCGCAGUUUCCGUAUCAUUGGCGGCAAUAAUGGUGUCAAUAGUCGUCGAUGUCUAUGGCUUUUAA